AUGGGAAAAUGGCCCAAAAAGCCAGGAAAGUCUUCAAGCUGUCAGGUUUACGAAGAGGCAAGGCGUCUACGAAGCAAAUGUCAGUCAUCUUCAGCUGUACCCCAAAGACGUCAACAAAACGAUCAGCAGAAAAUGCCCCAAUUCCCCAUGUCGAACAGAGGCGGUGUCAAAACAAACUUCCAUGAGGAGCGAGUUGGCUUUGCGAAGACGUUCCGGGUGGAGAUUAUGCGGACAAGGCAGAGCGUGAAAGGGAUUUACGUUAAAACCUUUGCGAAAAUGGGUGGGAUUGGCCGGGAAGAAGGACGGGAAAAUGACGGCAAUCUGAAAAACACGGGCUUAUUGUGA